AUGGACGGCUCACCGAACCCGGCUGAACAGCGCUCCUCAUCCUCGUCACUGUCCGCCUCGCUCGAGCAAGUAGUCGCCGAUCUGACACCCAUCCUCCGAUCCAUACAAGAGAUAAUUGACUGUCGCCCAUUCAAUAUCGAGAGUAUUGCGAAGUCGACCGAAAGUACCUUGACACUCCGUCACUCGCUGAUUGAUACCGCCAAGCCCCGCGAACUAAAAGACGCUUUUCGAAACCUGGGAGGAUUCCAGACAUUGCUAAGCUUGGUCCGCCAAUUGGCAGAGUUAUACAACCCGAAGGAACUGUCGAGUGAAGAUAGAAAGGCUCUUUUGACGCUUUUGACAGACGUAUUAGUCGUGCUCUCUGAGUGUUUACACGACCAUACAGGGAAUAGACGCUAUUAUGCCAAGAAGAUCGUGUGUGACACGGCGUGGUCUGUCGAUGAGUCGCUAAAAUUGUUGGUCGGUGACGCUGAUGGAGAGCAAUUGCCUGACAUCGAUGUUGACCAACUGUAUGGCGGAUUGCUUGCCGCGGCUCUGUGCCAGGAGACUGCCGCUACGAUUUUCGCUACUUUGAGGACCCAAUAUAAGUCAGAGCUUACACCAACUGCUUCAAGCGUUCUCCUGGAUCUUGAAAAACUACUUGUCUCUACGGAGACGGUUGAGUUGCACGAAUUUAUAGGCCCAAUCUUACGCACGUGGCUCCUUCAAACAUCUCAUUCCACCCAGUACCCAGUCCAGAGACUGGCCAUUCCAGCGUGUCUCUGCAAAUUAGCCUCUAAAUCGAAACGAAACGUUGUUGCUAUUCAUUCAACUGGCAUUUUGUCGUCUAUCAUACUCUCCAUUUUUGACGAUAGGCUGUCCGAUGAUGAAAAAGAAUUGUAUAAAGAACUAGGCCAUAUCCUCUGUACGGAAGGCAUCCCGAACCUCGAUGAUGUUAUAUAUCUCUAUAGGCAAGCAUGUGGCUCUCUGGAAGCUUCCAGCUUCCUUCUCCGCGCCAUGCGAUCCUCCAAGGGCCCACCUUGCAUCCAGUUUGACAUGACCCUCCAUGGGUAUUCAUCCAUUGAGCUAUCAACUCUGGGUCGACCAUUUCCACCGGUAUCUUCAUUCGGAUACACAUUAUCAAUAUGGGCCCGGUUCGACCAUUUCGAUCCGCAAUCACAUACGACAAUAUUCGGCGCCUUCGAUUCUAGACAGUCUUGUUUCGUGCUUGCAUACUUAGAAAAAGAUACACACCACUUUAUACUGCAAACCUCCAUCAAUGGACCGCGACCUAGUGUCCGCUUCAAGUCAAUGGUUUUCAAACAAGGGCAGUGGUACCACAUAUGUCUUAUUCACCGGAGGGCACGGCCAACAGCUCCUUCGCGUGCUUCGCUGUUUGUUGACGGUGAGUUUGUUGAGCAACUGAAGAUCGACUAUCCAAGUGUUCCCGUCUCACGACCUACGACCAAAUAUCCCCGAGUCCAGGCGUUCCUGGGUACCCCUCAAGAUCUUGCUGUCAAGAUAGGCAAGGGAGUUUGCACGACGAAGUGGUCUGUUGCUAAUGCAACUCUGUCCGAAGAGACAUUUAGUGAUGACUUGGUAUCGGUCUUCUAUCAUCUCGGACCAAGAUAUCAUGGUAACUACCAAGAUUGUUUAGGGUCAUUCCAGACCUACAAGGCGUCCGCAGCGCUCAAUCUGCGAAAUGAAAGCCUGCAUCCCGGCAAAGAGGAGAAUUCUGAUAUUGUAACCGCGAUUCGCCAAAAGGCUAGUACUCUUGUGCACGAGUCUUCCUUUCUCCUCAAUAUUUCACCCACUACAGUCUUAGACGACGAUGAUAGUAACAACGUCAACGAAUCACAGCUCGUCAAAUCAUUGUCAAGACAAGCUGCGAAAAACUUGUACCAGGCGAUCAAUACAGGAGGUAACGCUAUCGCCAUCAACGGAGCCAUUCCGGCAAUAAACGAUGCCCUCACUAACCCGAGCGGAAUGGCAAUACUUGCUGGCGAUCCUGUUGUCUCCGUACCCCAAUCUCUCGAUGAUGCUAGUUGGAGAAUUGGUGGCUGUGCAAUAGUGAAUUUGAAUAUGCUUCAUGCUGCUACAUGUCCGGAAAGUACAAUUCUUGCAGUUGAGAUAUUAUUUGAAGCUAUUCAGGGAAAUUGGAGAAACAGCGAAGCAAUGGAGAGGGAUAGUGGCUAUGGUAUACUCGCAUUAUUACUUCGGGAGAAAUUAGGAUUCCCACAGACCGCGCAGCUCGGCGGGUCAAAAACAUCAACAGUGUGCUCUGACAAUCGAGAAAGGUCGUCAUUGGCAAUUGAGCUCCUUCGGCAUAUCCUAUCCUUUGUUGGCUACAAUUUUGAAGAGCCAGGCAAAUCUAUCAUUACGAACCCUCUGGCGUACCGUGUUUUAUUAGUGGACCUUGAUAUAUGGCGUUAUGGAGAGCCUUCUCUGCUCCAAAUGUAUUACUCUCAAUUCAGCACUUUCGCCACGGAGAGCCAACAUCGUCACUUCAAUGCAAAACGCCUCUCUCGCAUGCGAGUCAACAAAAGAUUCUUGGAUGCCUUGAAAGGCGAGGAUUUUACUGAAGAGACAUUGAGUCUGUUUAUACCAGCCUUCAGCUCUUUGUUCGAGAGUUGUGUGUCUGCAGAGUUGUUACGAUCAUUGUCUCUUUACAUUACUUUCGCCCUACACGAGGAGAAGGUACCAAGCCUCCAUAAAAAGAAGAGCAUGCGCUUCAAUUCUCGUGCUCGCCAACUAUCUUCGGCGUCCAAUUCAAGCCCGAAGAAAGCCAUGCUAAAAAAAGAAAUUGGCCUGGAACUUCUUCGUAUGUAUACCGACUAUCUCUGCACACCAGGCGAUUUCAUCAACAUAAGGAGAUUUGCACGAGCAGUGACAAACAAGUGGCUUCUCUAUUUGAUGUGUGAAGAUACUUCAGAGGCUGUAACAAUGGCGACUAAAAUUCUCGCACGGCUCAUAGUUGUUCACGGUGGAACCUAUAGCAAGAAGCUUGCUGACAAAACGGGCGGGUACAUUAUCAUGAGAAAUCGACUCAAAAGGUGGUGGAAUAUAUUUUCUUUAUGGCCUAUCUGCUUUUCCAUCCUUUUCGGGUUGGAUGUGGCAGAGGUAGACAUUGAUGCCAUGACUGACCUCUCAUCGCUACUGGACGUGCUUGUUUACAAGAAGCGCCUUGACAUUGCUUUCCCCGAAGUGCUUCCAGUCAUUACUGAGAUGUUGAGAAACGGUCUGGAAGAUUCGAUGUUUGACAACGCUCCAGCAAAAGACAGGGCAGUGGUGUCAAAUGUUAUCACUUUCCUUUCCAAUAUGCAUGCGAAGUCUCCUGCAUUCAAAGAAUUCGCCGCAACUUCAAUAUACACUCAAAAACUCCUCUUUGUUCUGUUUCCUAUGACAGGUUCGAGAAUAGUCAAUGCCGAGGUUGAGCUUCAUUACAGGGAAGCUGUUCCCACUACUGAACGUAAUGCUGCAAAGAUGCACCGGACUGUGACCCCUCUGCCAGUGCUACGUACAGCAAGGGUCGCCCCUUCGGAUUCUACAUCAGACGCUCGCGGAGCUCUGCGACGUUCUUCCUCUUUUGUUCUUAUAUCCUCAGACAAACCACAGAAUACAGCUUCGUCAGCACAUCUAAACCGAGCCCCCAUUACAAAUAUUGAUAAAGGCAUCUCUCAUGAAGACGAUGAACUAGUCCUAAGGACGCGAUCAAUCGUUCUCAAGAUUUUCGCCUCACAAGUCACGGAUCGCAAAGAUUUUGCUGGUCUUGGACUAUUCCUGAAAACACCGCCGAGCAAUCUAGAACAUCAGGCAUAUUUGCUAUCUUGGCUUCUCCGGGGAACCAUUGAAGAAUUGCAGUCCGUAUUUUCGGCCAACGAGAAAUUACUACAAGAACCGCGCGUUUUGACGAAUUUUUCCCGGUUUUUGACACAUGUAGGAGAAUCCUUAUUCGAGGGCUGGUUUCUGGAUGGCAGCCACCAGACACUUGAUCUCGCCGGCUUCGUGCUCGAAUACCUUUCUCGUCCUGAAAUAGCGUCAUUGAAGAUUAUUCGGCUAUGCAACCAAGCUAUCACUAUCAUUCGAUCUGUACUUUUUAGAGUUAUCCUUUUCGAACUGUCGGAACAAGAUGAUAAUGAUUCAUUGACCUUCCUAAACCGUCUUGGCUAUUGGCAAACUAUUAUCCUUGCAGCCGGAGAAUCCGAAGUCGAAUAUUUGAAAUUGUUCUUUUAUCAGCUUUACAUUAAGUCGAUAUCCGAGAAGCGCGAGGUUCGCCUGGCUGCUGCCACCCUGUGGCGGAUAAUUCUUGUCCAAAAGCCGUCUGAAAUGACUUCCAUACUGAGCCAUGCUCCGCUGUCUCUACAACGUCGACUCACUGGUGGGUUUGAGGAAUUAGCUGGAAUGGAUGACGCAGCUUUCCUGAACUGGAUCGAUGAUCAGCGCGAGGAUCUGGACUCAUUCUUCUUCGGUAGUCUCUGCAAAUUCUGGGAUACUUUCGUUCAAGAAGAAAAUAGCAAGACCCAAGAAUCGAGCCGCUCUCGCUUAAACAAGCGGAAAGACAAACUGAAACAAUGGGUUCAAGAAGAGAACUUUGCUGAGGACAUUACUCGUAAACACAAUACUACGUUUGACCACUGGACUUCUAACAUCUUCGCGUCUGAAUUUUUGAAACACCAGAGGCUUCUGCAAGAUCAGCAUGAUAAUUACACUUUCAUGUGGUCACUGUUUUCCCGUCUGUCUGAAGACUUGUAUCGCUUCGGCGGUGUCUUGGAGAAAGACAGUGAGAAGCGGUGGCGUCUUGACCAAACCGAGGGACGUAGUCGAAUGAGGCUUCGUGUGAUUCCUGAUGACUCGGAUGAACGACAGAACUAUCAGCCGAAGCGAAAGGCCUCUGAACCCCCCGUUAUGAAAAUAAAUACUCAGUUACAACCCACGACAAUAUCGGAGCCCCUUGGUAAUACUCCUACUACGUCCGUAUUCGUUGAAGGCCCUGGCGAGACUGAAGGUGAAGGUGAGGGUGAAGGCGAUGUUGAAGACAGAUCUGCUCUUGAAGAAAGCUUUGAAAUGGUCGAUGACCCCAGAGUGGAUAUUGAUGAAUACGAGGACAAGAACAGGAAAGUCUUGCGAAGUCUUCAGCGAGGUGACCAAGUGCAGAGUGUCUGUAAUAUGUCUUGCAUCAUUGGACUGGAAGCAUGUGAAGGUCUCUUGAUUAUUGGCAAACAGGCCAUCUAUAUUCUUGAUAAUUACUUUCAACGUGCAGAUGGAGAGGUCGUUAAUGUCUGGCAAGCCCCUCUCGAGGAAAGAGAUCCGUUUGUGCGCAUGAUCUCUGGUCGCGAAUCCAACGAACGAAAGUCUCGCGAACACGAAGUGAGGAGCUGGAAAUGGCAAGACCUUAUCAGCGUUUCCAAGCGACGCUUUCUAUUUCGAGAUGUCGCCCUCGAAAUGUUCUUCACGGACGGGCGAAGCUACCUUCUAACCUUGAUUUCUUCGAGAGCUAGAGACGAACUAUACAAUCAACUUUGUGCACAUGCCCCGCAAUUCGGUGGGAAUAUGAACGUGACUCGGCCUGAGGAUAUCUGGAGAUUCGAGAUGUUGAGGGUACAAGAUGAUGCGCCACAAUCUUUGGGAUCGAAAUUUGCCAGCGUCUUUGGGCAGUCUUCUACGAAUCCAGCUACUCGCAAAUGGCUGAAGGGAGAGAUGUCUAACUUUCACUACUUGAUGCUUAUAAAUACUCUGGCCGGCCGAACAUUCAACGAUCUGACUCAGUACCCUGUCUUUCCAUGGGUUAUAGCUGAUUAUACAAGUGAUGAGUUGGACCUGGACAAUAUCAAGAGUUUCCGUGAUUUGUCGAAACCAAUGGGUUGCCAGACCCCUACCAGAGAAGUGGAAUUCCGCGAGCGGUACAAGUCUUUUGCUGAGAUGGGCGACGAGAACGCCCCUGCCUUCCACUACGGGACUCAUUAUUCCUCUGCAAUGAUAGUCAGCUCGUAUCUAAUUCGACUACAGCCAUUCGUCAAAUCAUAUCUCCUUUUGCAAGGCGGCACUUUUGAUCAUGCAGAUCGGCUGUUUUACUCAAUUGGCAAAGCCUGGGAAUCUGCUUCGCGAGGAAAUCUGUCAGAUGUCCGUGAACUCACUCCGGAGUUCUUUUAUCUGCCUGAAUUCUUGGUGAACUCCAAUAAAUACGACUUUGGACUUCGACAAAACGUGACCAAAGCGAUUGACUCUGUCGAAUUGCCUCCGUGGGCCAAGGGUGAUCCUAAGAUCUUUAUUGCUAAGCAUCGAGAAGCACUAGAAAGCCCUUACGUGACGGAGCACCUUCAUGAAUGGAUCGACCUUGUCUUCGGGUUCAAACAGAAGGGAGAAGCGGCUGUCGAGGCUGCUAAUGUCUUUCAUCACCUUUCAUAUCAAGGUGCAAAAGAUCUAGACAACAUUGAAGAUCCGGUUGAACGACUUGCCACUAUUGGUAUUAUUCAUAAUUUCGGGCAGACACCGCAUCAGGUUUUUCAACGGCCUCACCCUCGUCGGGAUGAUGUGAGUCGAAGAGAGGGCCGCCUUGACACGCUGGCCGAGUCAUUGACGAGAGUUCCUCUCUCUCUACUAGAUAUCCAUGAACGAGUGUCCUCUUUGUCGAUGAAGAGCGAGCGCCUAUUGUGUAGUCCCGCGUUUCGACUUAAUGUCCCUCCAAAUUUUGACAAGUACCUGGAAUGGGGCUUUUCAGAUGGCAGUGUCAGGUUUUAUGCGGCUGAUAGCAAAAAGAUCCUGGGUCACUUUGAGCAUUUACACGUGGGACAGCUAUCGUGCGUUCUUUUUGCGGACUCACAAACCUUGAUUACAGCAGGCUGCGACUGUACUGUCUCUAUAUGGUUAUUCAGUACCAGCAGCAAAGCGAUGGAGCUACAGCCUCUAGCUUGUCUUUACGGACAUCGGACUUCUGUGUCGGUAUUAGCUACAUCCCGGUCCUUCAGCACUCUUCUAUCGGCAUCCUCGGACGGCCAGAUCAUGUUAUGGGAUCUAAACCGGCGACGUUUUGUGCGGGAACUCCCCGCUGAAGGGCCAGUAGAGUGUGCUCGAAUUAACGAUAGGACCGGAACCAUCAUGGUCUGUCGAGGGGGACGCAUUACUCUGUAUUCGCUGAAUGGUGCUCUUCUUGUGGAUCAGGUGAUUUGUGAGGCCGAAGACGAGUACAUCAUAUCAUGUGCUUUCUAUGAAGGGGAAAGCAAUGAGUGGCUGGAGAGAGAACUCCUCUUUACUGGCCAUAAAAGAGGCGUGGUCAAUGUUUGGAGCAAAGUUAUAAGGAACGGGCGAUUCGAUCUCGAACUGAUACGCCAGCUCCAUCAUGUGGAUCAGCAUAAAGAUACGGGCGUCAACGUCUCUGCUGGCAUUAGCUGCAUUCUUCCACUUCCACAUAGUGUGUAUACCGGGGACGAAGCUGGCCGUGUCGUAAGUACUCUAUUGGAGUUGAACUCUUCAGUUACUGAUCUAUGA